AUGAACGGCACGGAGACCUUUCUUCCAGCCUGGCGGCCGCAGCAGAAGCGUCGCCUGUCCCUACGCAAUCGGGCAGCUGCAGAGGUCGCGAGGAGCCGCCCCGCGGUUGACCUCGAGGUGUGUGGUUCACAGAACCUGCACAUGUCGCGGCCUGGCCGGCUGUGUCCGAAAGCUCCGGGCGUGUCCUUCAUUCGGGCAUCGCCUCGGAGGUCGAGUUGCGAACUCCAUUGGCUGCCGCCCGAAACUCCAGCACUGCAAGGAGGGAGCCCUUGCUCGGACUGCUCGGUACCUCCAGUGGACAGCUUUGCCACUCGCUUGGCGGCAUCGCUAGCGAGGGCUUUGGUGGAGCACUUCGGUUCCCUGGACAGGGCAUUUGCUGCCCUGGCGCAUGCUGGCACAGGCCUGCUAAGACGCGAUGACUGGCUGCGCGAGCUUCAGCCACUGCAGGAUCAGAUCGAGGACAUCGGCCCCUCGCUGGGCAAGUUCUUCGCAAUGAUCCAG